AUGUGCCACUUUCAGGUCUCCUCACACUGCUGGUGUGUUGAAUUUUUUGACAUAGGGUGCUGGCAGAUUACGGGCCUCCCAUAGCUGCUGCCAGGCCCCUAAUCUGCCAUGGGCCCCUAUACCGCCUCCUCAUGCUGCUGCCAGGUCCAGAGUCUCUCAUGGGUCCCUGUACGGCCUCCCAUUGCUGCUGUCUCCAUCGCCACACUCUGCCAUGUGCCACUUUCAGGUCUCCUCACACUCCUGCUGGUUUCCAUUUUGUCAUAGGUUGCUGUAUGGCCUCCCAUUGCUGCUGCCUCCACCGCCACACUGUGGCUCCAAACACUGGUUUUGGCCCCGUGACUGGCCAAAUGAGUGAAGUGUGCGGUGAUUCUAAGAUCGACGGCACUCAUCUGCAUGUCAUACUG